ACUAUCGAUAACAUUUAAGUAGAAAUUUGAACUGUUAACAACCACGCCUCCUGAAUCUCAUGUUUUGGACGAAAAGUUUAUUAAUUUAAUGUUUUUGUAUAUUGUAUUCUGUCCAUAAGCGUAACAAAGACAGAAAAAGAGGAAGGGAGAGAGAUACUGAGAUAAGGGCCCGCAGGCAGAGAGACAGAGAGGGCGAAAGCGAGCUGAAAGUGGGUGCGAGCGAGAUAGCGCGCGCUCGCCGCCUGCACACAUAUAGAGCUGUACAUAUAUAUAGUAUCAGAAAAAAACAGUCCGAAAAAGGUCGCUGUUCGACUUGCGAAAACUUUUAAGUUUUUUUCAUACCUAUAUAUGUACCCACACCGCUGCGUCAUCAAAUACGAAUACAUCAGAUGUAUGUCAAUAUAUACAUAUACAUAUGUGUGGCCAAUACUAUAUGCCAUAUAUGCCUGUAUAUAAAUCUUUAUUCACCUACUGUACCACUUCCACAUUAUCAGAAAGAAUCUUUUUCUUACGAGCUUACACCGAGAUUUAGCUUCAUUGAGACAUAAUGUCAUCAGUUUUGGCGGAUUCGCCGGUGAUUGAUUUGGCGGAGGAUCUAGAAGACGGUGAGAUCGACGAUGAUGACGAGGAGGAGGAACAACAGCUGCUACCAAAGACCCAGGUCCAAAAGAAUGAUUCCUCGGUGGACGACGAUGUUCAAUUUGUGGGUAUCGAGGUCAAGAACAAACUUGCUGACGAGGAUGUCGUCUUUAUGGGAUUAUCAGCCGAUGCUGGCACACACAAUAACAAUAGCAGCAAGUCCAAGAAGGCUAGGCCAUUGGAAGAUGAUCAUGCCAGCAACAUUGAGAAUGCCAUUGCGAAUGCCCUUAAGAAGAAGGGCAUAGAGCCGCCAAUGCCCAGAAUGCGAUCGUCUAACCAGGACAUUGGCGAUGUGUCCUUGGAGGGACCAGGAGAGGGUUUGUCUGGCGGCGGAAAUCAAGUCCAGCAGCCAAGUCGCAGCAGCCGGCGAAGAAAGCGCAAAAAAGAGCGAGAGCGCGAGCAAAAGAAGGAUAAGGAGCACCAGAAACGAUCUCGGCGAGAAGAAGAAGAUAUUUCCGGUGUAACGGGCGGUGUCGGCAGCGAUGAGAUGGACGAAUACGAGAUGAUGAACGUGCGGGGCGGCAGUCCGCCGCCCGGAGGAAUAGCACCACCUGCAUCCGGUAGUGGUCAGCGUUUCAGUGGCGCCGACUGGGACAUGACUGAAGGUCCAGCGGUGGGCGGGGGUUCCAGCGUCGCGGGAGGAGGAGGCUAUGACUCUCAACAGGAUCCCUACAGCAGCUACGAUUCCUAUUCCGAGGAGGAGGCAGCACCGGCACCUGGUCCCAUAAAUCAGCGGCGCCGGGUGCGAAGAGAUAGGGAGAAGGAACAGCCGCAGCGCGGUGCCAAUAAUCGCAAGCGAAGGGAGCGAGAUCGUCAUGAGGGCGGUGGGGCCGGAGGCGGGGCCAAGCGAAACCGCCGCGAUUCCGGGGAGGGAGGUGGCGGUGGGCAGGAGAAGACGGGCGGCGGCGGCGGCGGUCGUAUUGAGCCCCGCAAGCUGGAGCUUUGCAAGUUUUACCUGAUGGACUGUUGCGCCAAGCGGGACAAGUGCUCUUACAUGCACAAGGAGUUCCCCUGCAAGUACUACUAUCUGGGCAUGGACUGCUACGCCGGCGCCGACUGCCUCUUUCACCACGGCGAACCGCUGACCGAGCAGCUACGUAACAUCCUGCUCAAGCACAUGGAGACGGCGCCGAAGGAGAUCCUCGGGGACUUCAAGCGAAUAUCGAGGGACAUUGCCCUUGUUCAGAUGACGAGACGACACGAGCAGCUGUGCGAGCAAUUCAAGCGGGAGAACACCUGGAGCAUGAUGGUAGGUGGCGGAAUGGGCCGGCGACAGGACCAACAGCAACAACAGCACAUUCAGAUGCAGCAGCAGCAUCAGCAACAGGUGCAGCAGCAUCAGCAACAAAUGCAGCAGCAGCAACAGGAGCAGCAGCAGCAGCAGCAGCAACAACAACAACUGCAACAGCAACAACUGGUGUCCGCGGAGGCCGGCGGCAGCAUUCCCUCACUUUUGGACAUGGUCAUCAAUCCCCCGCACCCGGAAAAGAAACGCAAGUCCCGCUGGGCUGAUAAAACAGCAGCCAAGGCGGCAGCCGCAGGAUCAGAUUCUCAAGAAGCGGGCAGCACAUCGCCGUCUACCAAGUCGUUGCCACCACAUUUGGACUUAGUCAAUCUCAGUCACGUUUUGAGUGCCGAAAACAUGGCAAAGCUGAACAAGUUGGGUAUCACGAACUUGAAGCAAAUGCUGCAGGUACCCUUUGGGCAGUUAACCGAAGCGGGUCUAACGUUGGUCGAGAUCGGGGAGAUUCAGCGGAAAGCCGAAGAGGCCAAGCCGCAAGCCAAACCGGAUACGGCAGUCAGUACUCCCGUUGCCAAGCCGGAAACGGAGGCUAACAACAGCAACUCGAACAGCAACGGUUUCAUCAUGGUGGACUACACGCAGUAUCUCAAGGAUGCGCAUGUCAGCUUUUCUGGCAACGAUCCGCUGGACGACGAUCGCGAUGAUGACGAACAGCUGGUCAUAGACGACGGCAACGAGUCAAACGCCGAGGAGGAACAGCAACCAAAACCUUCGAAGGCGGCGCCAGCCUCUCGCCAGGAAUCUGCCACCGAGGAGGUGCCUUUGCCUUCGGUUUACGAUCUGCCCAGCUUUAUGAGCAACAUGCUGGGCCACGGAUCCUCAGCAAACCAAUUGCUGCCAGCCAGUGCCACAUCGCCCAACCAGGAUGUGCCGGCAUUGGCUGGAGUAGAUCAUGCGGGACUCAAGCAAGCAGCCGCCAGCGGCAGCACGUCCAAUGUAUUUAGCCGGAUUAUCUUCGGCGAUAAGCAACCGGAUCCCGAGGCAAGAGCAGCUUUCUACCGUGACAUUAUCCGCAAUCCCUUUAAGGCGCACAGCGGCGAUGGAGAUGUCGACUCCAGCAAUGAGAACUCCAACUCGAACUCGCGGUCACUAACACCGACUCCAACUUCGGAGCCAGGAUCCCAGUCACCCAAGCAGGUGGACCAGGAUCACGAGAUGCCGGAAUUGCCUGCCAUUACGCCAGCGUUGCCGCCGACCACUCCCUCGCUUUACGUGCGUCCUUCUAUGUACGACUUUGACCCUGCCAAGGUGGAGUUGCAGGAGCGGCGGAAGGGAAAGCUCCUGGAGGACGAGCGCGACACAGACAUGCGACUGCCAUUCGAGCCGAUGAAACACUAUUUACCCGCCACCGAAAUUGAUGCGGCGAUUUUCUCGCACACUCCGCUCCGCUGGCAGUUGCAGGAGGUGUCGGUGGAGGAGACCAGCUAUGCUCAGAUCAGGGCCAGUGCUUUGCAUAAGGAACAGCGAGAUCUGCGGGAUCCGCGCUUGCGUCGUAUUUUAGGUCUGCCAGAUAUGCCAGACAAUGGUGGAGCCAUGGGAUCGACGACUGCUGCGGGAGGGAGCUCUCUGUCGGGCGACUCCUUUAGUCGGUCCGGAGCGUGUAUAGCCUCGCCGGACUCGGAGACCAGUCUCCGUGAUGCCACGCCCAGCUCACCGCCUCCAGCGUUGGCCAAUCUGCCACUUAUGAGUGUACCCCCGCCGUCGCUGAGUGUACCGCCUCCGAAUCUGCAAUUGGAAAAGCCCACUGUGCGCGCAGACCCGCGUCGUGAUCCCCGGAGGGCUCAUCUUCAAGUUCCAGCUCAGGCUGCGAGCACGGCUAGUUCCACACCUUCGACGAAAGCCAAUGCCGCCGGUGGCAGCAAGCAAAUCUCCGAAAUCCGCAGCCUGAUGCAAAGCUCAAACUGGUACAAGAAUUUGGGCAGCAAUAACAAGAUCAUGGUGAACCAACAGCUUGCCCUGGUGUUCACCGAACUAAAGAAGUUUCAUCAGCAGCCCGAGGAUGCUCCAAAAAUAUUUGAUGUCAGCUUUAUAGUGAACAACCCAACGUUGCAGCAAAUCUUUGCAAAACUCUUCAUCUAUGUGGACGACAAUGGUCAAGUGGUGCAGAUGCCCGAGGAGAACAACGGUGGCGGAGAUGGAGUGGGCGGAGUGGUGCUACCUAAUUUAUCGCAACCCCCGCCAAACCUGGCCCAAAUGCUGAGGGUACCGCCGCCAAAUAUACGGAUGAUGCGCAUGUCCGGAAUGAUGAUGCAAAUGGGCAACCUGGGUCCGCCCUUCAAUCAGCCACCUCCACGAGCAGGAUUGCUGGGAAUGCUACCAGGCGGCAAUGGUGGAAACCAAGGAGUGGGAAACCAAGGAGGAGGAGCUGGACCAAUGCCCAAUGGCAAUCCCUUUAAUCCGUUUGCUGGCGGAGCGGGCGGCAAUGGGGCAGCAAUGAAUUCCAUGGGCAACAUGGGCAACAUGGGAAUGCCCUUUAACAAUUUUAACAAUGGGAACAACAACAAUGGGGGCGGCAGACAUUUUCCAGGAGGGGGAUCUGGUAAUGUAAACAAUCGCAAUCAGCGUGGCGGCAACCAGAAUCGGAACCGCAACCUCUAAGAGCGAAUGUCUUUCCAGGAGAAACCAACAGACUCGAAAAGACUUGUUAUGCCAAAAUGAUGUCCAUGUUAUGUCCCAUGACCCUUUCGCCCCACCCCCAUAUUAGGCACCCUUCCCAUAGACUACUGCUGUUUUCCCCGUCAUUUUUUUUUUUUUUUUUUGAAAAUCCGGGCUUCGACUGCUUUGUACAUUGUAUUCAAUUCCUUAAAUCCCCAUCUUUGUCACUAUUUUUUUUGGCUAGGUGUAAGGUAACCCAUUUUUAUCACUACUACGUACUGAUAAAUGUAGUAAAAAGUAAAAGAAAGAAAUUAAAAAAGCUGAGAAACAGGAACAGAAUGUAAAGAAGAAUGGUAUGCGACCUUUUUACCGAACUCUUUUGAGUUUUAUAGGCUAAACUGGUUUUUUGUACAUGUACUAUCUGAUUAACUAGACAUACAAACUACAAAUAAAUGACAUGUUUUAAGUAAUGCGGCAUAUGUAUAUAGGUGUGGUAGGUUUUCUUAAAACAUCAGCAAAGCAGAUACAUUACAAAAAGCAA